AUGGGCUCUUUGAUGCCCGGGGCAUUUCCUAUUGAGCUGCUGAGUCUAGCUCAGUCAUCUGCAAUCGAGUCACCCAGCAAUAAGUGGAACUCGCUAUCAACAGAGGAUGACAAGCUUGCCUCCUUCAACAGAUCAGAGUUCCUAGUCAACAAAGCAAAGGGCCAGCGACACUUGCUACGCCAGCUUGAAGGUUGUGUUUAUAUCUUGGUGGGCUACGAGUUGGUGAAGUAUUGCCACCUUGCGUGCCUUUUGCCAUUCAUACUAGAUCUCAUGACGCAAUCGAUGAUAUCCGUCAGAGCCAUCGUUGAACCAGACAACUGGUCUCUUCUAGAGACGAUUAAUGAAGUUACGAAUAGGAAGGAACAGGAAAGUGGCGAGUCACAAGCAACACAGAGGUCGAACAUGACGAAAUUUAUUUGUCUCAGCAUUUACGGUAAGUUCCUACUUAUCAUCACCUAUCAUGCACUUUUUAUCUUUUGGCUUAAGCUGAUCGCAGAUAGCGGACACCUAGAUGAAAUGGUAAACGGUUCCUGGUGGCUCGUCUCCUUUAUCGGUGAGACCGUGGUGGCUGAUUAUGACACAUCUUCUAGUAUUUGGCUUCAGCUCUGGCAGCUUGGCCUUUACCAGCUCAUUCUUAUUGACUUUCUAAUUCUACUACUUCAGCUCACCCUUUACCAAAGCAUCCAUAAGCAAUCAAGCAAAUCCCUUGAAGGGCUUCCACUUAACAUAGACGAAUUGGAGACGGUGAGGCCCUACAAUGCAAGAGUCUCUGGCGAUACACUCCGGCAACUACCACAGAAGGCUACCCAGAGGUUUUAA